AUGGCAACAGUGUCGAACACGAGGAAGAAAGGCGUAUUCAUGAAAGGUCAGCUGAGGGUCACCGCAUACGUGAACCAUGGCCUGGUCACUGUCCACGUUGUGCAGGGGCGUCACCUGACAUCCGGUCGUCACCGGCAGCCAGAUACGUUCGUCAUGAUCUCCCUGAUCCCUGACCGGCCGCACGAGACGCCGACGCGCUGUCGCACCGAGCACGUCCCCAACACUAGCUGUCCCAUAUACGAUGAGAAGUUCUCCUUCGAGGUGAGCGAGGAGGACGAGGGACGCCGGCUGCUCAUCGCCGUCUGGGGACGCAAGUCGCAUUCAGGGCCGACUGAGACCUUCGGAUGUAUGUCGUUCGGACUGAGGCAUCUGCAGAGUGGUGAGCGACCCGUUUCCGGUUGGUACCACCUCCUCACCGAGGACGUCGGCUGCAAGAAGCACCUGAAGUUUACCCCCACAGAUCGACCGUUGGUCCCCGUGAUGCAAAGCCACAUUCCCCGAUCUGCCCUCUUAUGCACCAGCGUGCACGAGAUACCGAAAGUUAACAAGCUAGUGAGCGGCUCUGAACGUCUCCAGAUCUCCGUCCAGAGGUCUCCUUACGGCGGGUUCGGUUUCUCCGUUGUGGACGCGUGUCCGGUACGCGUGAGUCGCGUAGACAGCACUUCCCGGGCGGAGGAGGCGGGCUUGCAUCCUGGUGACCUGAUCGUCCGCGUAAAUGGUCAGAACGUCUCCCGCUCCACAUCAACCAGCGUUGCUAGAUGUAUCAAGCGCAGCGGCCAGACCCUGGUGUUGGAGGUACAGCGGCCCGCUCAGAUCCCGACCGCCCGCACACCCUUCUAUGCGAACGUCUCCACGAUCCACGAGGCGCCCGUUUCUGACAACGCCUCCCUGGAGGAGUGGACGCUCUGUGAAGACCACAAUGCACUCGAGGGACCCGGAAGUAACGGGGAGACGCGGCGGCAGGCGGCGCUACACGGGCUACUGGUGGCAGAAGAGCGGUUCGUGGAGGCAAUGUCCCGGGGGAUGCAGAGCUAUUCCCGUCCGUUGCGCCACGGUCUACUUGCGCCUGAGCAGCACUCCGCACUUUUUCAAAAUGUAGAGAAGUUGGUGAGCAUAUCGGAGUACCAGGUGCACCAGAUGUUGUCAAACCUGCCCGACAUGGAUGACGCCGCCGACCCCGACGAUUCCCAGACCGCCGACCCCGCUGACAUCACCACCAUCGUCGGUAUCAUCUACAGGUCUAAGCUCCCCCUGAUCCUGCAGGCCUAUACAUUGUACACCGCCGGGCUGCCUCGCGCCGCGAGCUCCAUGGCCACCCUCGAGAAGGAUCCCGAUUUCCUGCGCUUCCUGUGGCACCAUGAGGCCCACAAUCAUCCCCUGUCAUUGUGCGAGUUUAUCAACCGACCCCUAGAACACCUGGCGGACGUCUGCCGCCAUGUGACCGCCAUCCGUGACUCCCUGUCAACAACAUCCCCCGAUCAUGGCAUCUACUGUGAUAUUGUCAACGGUCUGCAGUCGGUCGUGUCCACCGUCCAGUCCGUUGAGAUGGUAAGCAGCUCCUUUCUGUCUGUCGCCACCUCCUUACUCAGCGUCAGCCAUACCACGUCUGGUUCCACCCGUCACGUGCCGCGAAUGGGCGCCCGCAUUCUGAAGCAUGCUUCCUCCUCCUCGUCGUCGUCGACCUCCUCCAGUGGUUUUGGCAGUGGCGGCUCCCAGCAAUCCGAUGACGGUCAUUGUCAGUGA